AUGUCCAAUCCUGAAAAUCUUAAUAAUUCUCAUAAAAUAGACGAAGAUAAUAAUAUCAUAGAAUCUGAUGAACAAAGUAAUGAUGAUUUUGAUGGUGAGCAGGAAUCUUGUAAACAAAAUAAUAAUGAUUAUGAUAGCGAGCAGAAAUCUUGUGAACAAAAUAAUGAUUAUGAUGACGAGCAGGAAUCUUGUAAACAAAAUAAUGAUUAUAAUGGCGAGCAGGAAUCUUGUAAACUUACAGAAUCUGAUUAUAGUAGUGAGGAUGAAGAAGAUCCAAUUAGAAUGCUUUUCGAAAAAGUUUUUGUAAACGACUCGUGGAAUUGUGCAUCACCAAUUGAAAACCUGUAUUAUUCAGCAGGUAUAUACCCUGAUAUAUGCUAUAAUUGCAGUGGUGCUGAAGAUUUGAAGACAACAAAAGGCGAACUACCUCUUUGCGUUAAGUGCAAUGGCAUCAUCUUGUCGAAAAAAAUGAUUUAA